AUGGCAAGUCUUUUGUUGCAUGGAAAGCUUCACGUAACUAUUUACGAGGUUGAUCGGCUCUCCCAUGGAGGAGGCAUCUUCCACAAGGUCAUUAUAAGCUUUGAGGAGGUUUUAAGCUUGGGAAAACAUGGCUCUAGACUAUAUGCAACAAUUGAUUUAGAAAAAGCUAGAGUUGGUCGAACUAGACUGCUAGAAGAUGCACAGUCCAAUCCUCGAUGGAAUGAGUCUUUCCACAUUUACUGUGCUCAUUUGGCUUCUCAUGUGAUAUUCACAAUCAAAGAAGACAACCCAAUUGGUGCAACACUCAUUGGAAGAGCAUACCUACCUGUUAAGGAACUCUUAAAUGGAGAAAAGGUGGAUAGAUGGCUUGAGAUCCUAAACGAACACCAUAAACCUAUAUAUGGGCAUUCAAAGAUACAUGUGAAACUACAAUUUUUCGAUUUCUCCUUAGAUCCACAUUGGUCUCAGGGAAUUAGAGGUCAGAAAUUCCUUGGAGUCCCCCACACAUUCUUCCCUCAAAGGCAUGGUUGCAAAGUUUCUCUUUACCAAGAUGCUCAUAUUCCUGAUAACUUCAUCCCAAAAACUCUUUAUGGGGGAAAGUUUUACGAGCCAUACCGAUGUUGGGAAGAUGUUUUUGAUGCCAUAUAUCAUGCGAAGCAUUUAAUUUACAUUGCAGGAUGGUCUGUGUACACUCAAAUCACCUUAGUGAGGGACAAACAGAGGCCAAAACCUGGAGGGGAUAUGACACUAGGGGAACUUCUUAAGAAGAAAGCAAAGGAAGGUGUAAGAGUACUAAUGCUUGUUUGGGAUGAUAGAACUUCCGUCAAGUUACUCAAGCAAGAUGGACUAAUGGCCACCCAUGAUAAAGAGACUCAAGAUUACUUUCGAAAAACUGAUGUUCAUAUCGUGUUGUGUCCUCGAAACCCCGACAACGGGCACAGCAUUGUCCAAGACUUGGAGAUAUCCACCAUGUUCACACACCAUCAAAAGAUUGUUGUGGUGGAUUAUGGAAUGCCUAAUAAGGUGAACUCAGAGCAAAGGAGGAUUGUGAGUUUCAUAGGGGGACUUGAUCUUUGUGAUGGAAGGUAUGAUACUCCCUUUCAUUCCCUAUUUAGGACACUCAGUACGACACACAAUGAUGAUUUUCACCAGCCUAAUUUUGCUGGAUCCUCAAUUUCCAAGGGCGGGCCAAGGGAGCCUUGGCAUGAUGUGCAUUGUAGACUAGAAGGACCUAUUGCCUGGGAUGUUUUGUUCAAUUUUGAACAAAGGUGGAGGAAACAAGGUAACAACAAGGAACUUCUUCUCCCAUUGAGGGAACUUGGUGAUAGAAUCAUUCCCCCAUCUCCAGUUAUGUUCCUAAAAGAUCAUGAGACAUGGAAUGUCCAAUUACUCCGAUCCAUCGAUGGUGGGGCAACUAUCGGGUUCCCUGAAACCCCCGAGGAUGCAACUAGGAUAGGGCUUGUUAGUGGCAAAGACACUGUAAUCGACCGAAGCAUUCAAGAUGCUUAUAUCAACGCCAUUCGUCGAGCAAAGAACUUCAUUUACAUUGAGAAUCAGUACUUCUUGGGAAGCUCUUUUUCUUGGAAUUCAUAUAAGGAUCACCUCAAGGUUGAGGAGGUGGGUGCCCUACAUCUCGUACCAAAAGAGCUUUCUUUGAAGAUUGUUAGCAAGAUUGAAGCAGGUGAAAGGUUUGCAGUGUACAUCAUCAUUCCAAUGUGGCCGGAGGGAAUUCCAGAAAGCCAAUCUGUGCAAGCAAUACUAGAUUGGCAAAAAAAGACAAUGGAGAUGAUGUAUAGAGAUAUAGCUCAAGCCUUGCAUGCCAAGGGACUUGAUGCCAAUCCGAAAGAUUACUUGAUGUUCUUUUGCCUAGGAAAUAGGGAGAUUAAGAAGGGUGGAGAGUAUGAACCCUCAAAGAGACCAGAAGAUGGUACUGAUUAUAGUAAAGCUCAACAAGCUAGGCGGUUUAUGAUCUAUGUUCACGCCAAGAUGAUGAUCGUUGAUGACGAAUACAUAAUCCUUGGAUCAGCCAACAUAAACCAAAGAUCAAUGGACGGUGGCCGGGACUCAGAGAUUGCAAUGGGAGCCUACCAACCGCACCACCUGGCCACCGGAGCUCCGGCGAGAGGUCAAAUCCAUGGCUUCCGAAUGGCACUAUGGUAUGAGCAUCUAGGCAUGCUGGAGGACGCCUUCCUUCACCCGCAAACCCUAGAUUGCGUCCGGCGGGUGAACCACAUUGCCACCGAGUAUUGGGAGCUCUUCUCCAGCGACGUCCCGAACGGUGACUUGCCAGGCCACCUGCUCAGCUACCCUGUCGGAGUCGCAAGCGACGGGGAGAUCACAGAGCUUUUUCCUGGGUUAGAGUUCUUCCCAGACACCAAGGCUCCUAUUCUCGGAUCCAAGUCUGAGUACCUUCCUCCAAUCCUCACUACAUAA